AAACCCGUGACUUUAAAUAAAAUUCAAAGCCCCACCGAAAGUUCAACGCUCAGAUCUAUCUCCUAACUUCUUCUAUCAUAUUCCCCAGGUCUCAGAGCACUUGUUUUUUAUUUUCUACUUUUAUAAUUCAUCGAGAUGACAAGAGAUAGAAACAUAGGGGUGGCCGUCGAUUUCUCAAAGGGAAGCAAGAUUGCUCUGAAAUGGGCUAUCAAUAAUCUGGCUCAUGAAAAGGGUGACACCUUGUAUGCUAUCCAUGUCAAGCCCUCUCAGGGCGAUGAGAGCCGCAACCUUCUUUGGUCCACCACCGGAUCACCUCUGAUUCCAUUGGCGGAGUUCCGUCAAAAAGCGGUGAUGGAGAACUACGAAGUCGAGGUCGAUCCGGAGGUCUUGGACUUGCUUGACACUGCACACAGGCAGAAACAUGUGACGGUGGUGGCAAAGCUUUACUGGGGUGAUGCGAGAGAGAAACUUUGUGGGGCAGUCGAAGAUCUAAAGCUUGACUGCUUGGUCCUUGGAAGCAGGGGACUUGGUACCAUCCAAAGGGUGCUGCUGGGAAGUGUGUCCAGCUACGUUAUGGCAAAUGCAACCUGCGCCGUCACCAUUGUCAAGGAUCACAGUGCUUAAUUAAUUAAGAUUGUACAAUAAACAUAGCUUGUGUUGUGUUUCUUUCAGCUUAGACAAGUCAGAUUGAGACUUGUGAUCAAUGUGAUAGUGGUACCGCUACAUCUACAUGUUAAUUUUAUAUGCAAAGUUCCAAGGAUGUAUUCAAUAAGUUUAUUUAUAUCUACCUGUUGAUGAAGUGCAAUAAGGACAAUCGUUGAAAUCAAUAAUAAAGUUCCUUUGUUUUAAGGAUUAUUCA